AUGAGCGAAACCCCUUCCACUAGUUUCUCUAGGAUUCAUCCAACUCCUUCUGAAGGUCGAGUUUCCUACCCUCGCCAUUUGAGCGUCACUCAUCCUAUUGUUGCCAAACGGAUCAGUUUCUAUAAGAGCGGAGACCCCCAAUUCGGUGGCGUCCAGGUGGUGUUGAAUCCUCGCUCCUUCAAGACUUUCGAUGCUUUACUGGAUAACUUGUCCUGGAAGGUUCCCCUGCCCUUCGGGGUGAGAAACAUCAGCACCCCUGGAGGCAUGCACAGCAUCACGUGCCUGGAGGAGCUGCAGGACGGCCAGUCGUACCUGUGCUCGCACGGACAGAGAGUGCAGCCGGUGGACCUGGAGCGUGCUCGCCGGCGGCCACGGCCCUGGCAAAGCAGCCGGGCUAUCUACCCACCUGCCCUCCGUCGAGCCUCUCCUCCUGCACUGCCUCGGAGGCUCGUGGUCUUCCGAAAUGGUGACCCAAGCACGGGGCGUGCCGUGGUGGUAAGCCGGAGAGUCACGCAGAGUUUCCAGGCCUUUCUGCAGUACCUCACCGAGGUCCUGCGGUGCCCCGUGAUGAAGCUAUACACGACAGAUGGAAGAAAGGUUCCCAGCCUCCAGUCCCUGAUCCUGGCCUCUGGAACCAUUGUGGUGGCAGGAAGGGAGCCAUUUAAACCAGGAAAUUAUGACAUCCAGAAGUACUUGUUUCCUGCUAGGUUACCAGGGAUGGCUCACCAUGUGUACCCCAGAGGAAAUGCUAGGUCAGAAAGCAGAAGGAGUGGUAGUUGGAAAGUUUCCAUAAUCACCAGUGACUUGCCAAAUGCAGGGACCAGCUCACAGAUUUACAUUGUACUAUAUGGACAACAUAGAAGUUCAGCUCCCAUUUAUCUUUAUGGAACAAAUGAAGCUCGAUUUCAGGAUGGUCAUGAAGACAUCUUUAUUAUCACUGUUGGAGACAUUGGAACACUUUUUAAGAUUCGUAUUGGUCAUACCAACUCUGGACCCUCUCCUGCCUGGCACUGUAAAGAGAUAAAGUUAUGGAACAUGCAUUCUGGAAAACAGUUUUAUAUACCUGUUCAGCGGUGGUUAGCACGAGAUCAAGAGGAUGGGGAUAUUUGUCGAGAAUUGCCUAUUUUAAUCAAAGGACAACCUAUCCUUCCAGUGACAAUAUAUGAAGUGCACAUGGCAACGGGUGACCUAUGGAAUGCUGGAACAAAAGCAAAUGUCUAUAUUUCUAUCUAUGGAGAAAAUGGAGAUACAGGAUCUAGACAACUAUUUAGAUCCAAAAAUGCCUUCAAUUUUUUAAGAGGACAAACUGAUACUUUCUCCCUGGAAGCUGUGCACCUUGGAGAUUUGUACAAAGUUGUCAUUGGUCAUGAUGGCCUUGGACCAGGAAACGGCUGGUUUCUAGAUGAUAUUGUGGUCAAAGACCCCAGGAAAAACCAUGAAUAUGUCUUCAGUUGUCACAGGUGGCUAGAUCAAGGGGAAGAUGAUGGUAAAAUUUCCAGAGAGCUGUUUGCCAGUGAGAACAACUUCUUCUCUGGGAGACAGAAGUUAGAACUUAAGAGGAAAGAAACAUGGACUGCAGAAAGCUGGAAGUUUAUGAAAGGCAAUACUCUUCAGUUCUACAAUAAGCUUGCUGGAGGGUUUGUCCGCCUGUUCCCAGAUGGAAAAAUUGAUGCAGUUGGAGAAAGUACAGACAAAUAUGGUUUCUUUGAUGUUAUUUUCAGCAAAGGGAAUGUGUGCAUUUUCCAAAGUCAUCAAAUAAACCAUGUUUCUCUUGCUCUUGACAAUGGCUUUGUCACUGGGAUGGCCAGUGAUACUGCAGCCACUGAGCUUCGAGUACUCUGUCAGCCCAAUCGUUGUGUUCUGCUUGAGUCAACACUGGUUCCCGGUCACAUGGUCACUUUUGAUCGUCAUGGCAAAAUAACUGAUGAAUCAUCAACAGGCUAUGCCCAUCUUUCAAGAGAAUUUGUGAUUCAUGUCAAGGGCAUGUUCCUUGAUAAUGCUGUGGUUCUGCUAGCUACAAGCCUGCGCCAAGCGCUGUGUCUCCAGUCAGACGGAAGCUGCACUGGAGUGGGAAAUCAGUCUGAGAAAUCCUACUGGAAAGUGCAUAAAAUCAGCCCUGGGAUUUGCAUGUUUGAAAGUGUGAAGAAUGCACAGAUGUAUCUGAGGAUUAAUGAUGGCCGGUGUGAUGGAUACGGUACAGGAAAUGCUGACUGUCAUUUUAAAAUUAAGAAGAACUUGGAAAAUGCAUCCAUAAGUCUGGAAUCUAUGAAGAACCCAGGGUUGUUUGUUGGACUUCAAGCAGAUGGACACGCAAAGCCAGCUAUUUACACGAAAGACGGGAGUGUUUUCUUCUUUCCUCAAGUCAUUCAAUUUGGCAGAGAAAACUCAAUGGAAGCAUCUGCAACACCCAGUCAAAAGGAAGAAAAGACCAAUCAGACAAAGAUCCAGACAGAAACACCACUAAAGAUGGAGGUGGGGCGUUCCUUAUCUUUUCGAACUGCAAAGGAAAUCAGACAUUGCCAAAGCUCUGAGAACCUCCAGUCAGAAGAUGAAUGGAAAGUGUAUGUAUUGACGGGAAGUACAGGGACUCAAGCCAAAGUCACACUCUGGGUGUAUGGAGAUGAAGGAGCCACUGGACCAAUAGGUCUCAGCAAAGACAACCCACAUCAGCUCUUCCUGCCAAGUCAGGAGGAUGAAUUUCAGGUUGAAAUAAGAAGUAUUGGAGAGAUAUAUAAGAUCAGGAUAGGACAUGACGGAACUAGUGGACAACCUGAAUGGAACUUACAGAAGGUGACCAUGCAACACAUGAAGAGUAAGAAGACUCUAGAUUUUGCAGCCAACACAUGGUUAUCUCACAUCCGAGCAGAUGGGGAUAUUGUCUGUGAGCUUCCGGUAGUGAAAGAAGGACAAGCUAUUUUUCCAUUAGUAAGAUACCAAGUUUAUAUCCACACUGGACAAUUAAAGCAAGCAGACACAGAAUCUGAAGUUUACCUGUGCCUCUACGGAGAGAGGGGAGACUCUGGUCUUAGACUCAUGCACAAUUCUAACAUGCCAAUAAAAUUUCAAAGAGGGCAGGUUGACAUGUUUCAAGUGGAAGCAGUGUCACUUGGAAAACUGCAGAAGGCGCUGUUGUGCUGCAAGGCCCGUGAUGAAUCUCAGUACUGGUACUGUGAGAAGGUUGUCAUUAGAGAGCCUGGAAUUACAUCAGAGUCCAUCUUCACCUGUGAGAGGUGGCUUCCCUUCAUGUCUCAGGGCAUAAUUCAUUCAGAAAUUGAGCUAUAUCUUCAAGGUAAGGAUUAA